AUGGGUCUCGGUGUGCUCGAAGAUCGCAAGCUCGAGCAUGUACCGGGUACAGCAUACGUGCUUGAAGAUGAGAGGCGACGUCUUGCUCGGUCUGAGGAAGGCCUACACCUGAAGAAAGAUCGCACAGGCACAAUCAUCCUGGUACCACAGCCGAGCGAUGACCCGAAUGAUCCAUUGAACUGGCCACUAUGGAAACGAGAUAUGAUCCUUGGGAUACUAUCCCUCACCUCAGUCAUCGCUGCAACGACCAGUCCCCUCCUUGCUGCCAACACCUUCACCAUCGCAAUUGUCUUCGUUAGAUCUUUCACCGAUGCUGCCCUCCUAACCGGAUACCAUCUUUGCGGCGUUGGCGUGGCUGGCUUCCUCUUUGUGGCAUCAGCAAGAGUAUGGGGCAAAAGACACCUUUUCCUACUCGGGACUGUGCUCAUGAUCAUCAGUUCAGCAUGGGGAGGAGCAAGUGGAACGAACUACAAGAGCUUGUUGUGGGCGAGGAUCAUCCAAGGUGUUGCCCUUGCACCAUUUGAAGCCUUGGUCAAUGCUUGUGUUGGGGAUUUAUACUUCGUUCACGAAAGAGGCAUGAGGAUGGCAUUUACAAAUGUCUCUCUUUUCGGAGGCGCCUUCCUGACACCAGUGAUUGUUGGCAAGAUGACCCACGAAAUCGGAUGGCCAUGGACCUUUUACUUCAUAGCCAUUUUCAUGGGGGUGAUGCUUCCUCUGGUCGUCUUCUUCGUCCCAGAGACUGCGUUCAAGCGCGCAAACCACCUCAACACCGACAUGGAACAAGGACAACACCCGCUGACAGAGAAAUCCCUUGAAAGCCAGUCCUCCUCAUCUCACACACCUCCUCCUUCAACCAGCGCCCACCUGACCACCACCACAGAGAAAACAACAACCUCAACUACAACAUCACGCACCGAAACCCCCCACCGCCCACCCCAACAAGUCUCCUACAUCAAGACCCUCUCUCCCUUCAACGGCCGCAAAACCAGCGAACCCUUCCUCAAACUCCUCCUCCGCCCCCUCCCCCUCUUCCUCCAUAUCUCCAUCCUCUGGGCCUGCCUAAUCCAAGGCGUAAUAAUCGGCUGGACCGUGCUAAUCGGCGUCGUCAUCGCCGUCAUCUUCCUCAGCCCACCGCUCUUCUUCAACGAAGUCCGCACCGGCUACCUCUACACGAGCGCCUUCAUUGGCAGCAUCGUUGGACUCGUCCUCUCCGGCCUGCUGAGCGACUGGAUCAACCGAGCCAUGAUCCGCUGGAACAGGGGGAAAUACGAACCCGAAUUCCGCAUCCUGCUCGUGCUUCCCAUGCUGAUCUUCUCGAGCAUCGGCCUCUACGGCUUCGGCAUCACCGCCGCCGAUAUCGCCCGCUACGGCUGGCUGAUCCCGGACGUCUUCUUCGGCUUCGUCGUCGUCGGCAUGGUCAUGGGCGCCGUCGCGAGCGCCCUGUACGUCGUCGACGCGCACCGCGAGAUCGCGGUCGAAGCCUUCACCUGCCUGCUCAUCUUCAAGAACAUGUUCUCGUUUAUCUUGACAUAUUAUGCGUAUGAUUGGAUCACGGCGGGGAUUUCACGCAGUGUGCGGAGCACGUUUGUGAUCAUCGGUAGCAUACAGGUCGCCAUCUGUCUGCUGAGCGUGCCGAUGUACGUGUUUGGGAAGCGGAAUCGCAGCUUCUUCUCCAGGCAUGAUCUGUUGAGGCUGACGCGGUUGAAGUGA